AUGGAAUCUUUUGUUCCUCUUUCUUCGGGUAACCCAACAAAUUCAAACUCGCGUGAGACAGUUGAAUCUACGCGUUUUCAGAUGGAUCAAUAUGAGAAUCCCUAUUAUUUGAACAGCAAUGAUCAUGCUGGACUUGUUUUAGUCUCUGAUAGGCUUUCUACAGCUUCGGAUUUUCCAUCUUGGAGGCGAUCUAUGUUGAUGGCAUUGAAUGUGCGUAACAAAUUGGGAUUCAUCAAUGGUACGAUCUCGAAAUCUUUGGAAUCUCAUCGUGAUUUUGGCACUUGGUCACGUUGUAACGACAUUGUGAGUACCUGGUUGAUGAACUCAGUAGAUAAGAAGAUAGGUCACAGCUUGCUUUAUAUUUUUACUGCUGAGGGAAUGUGGAAGAGUAUAUUGUCUAGGUUCAAGCAGGAUGAUGCACCUAGGAUAUUUGCGAUUGAGCAGAAACUUAGCAAGAUUGAGCAAGGUUCUCUUGAUGUUACUACCUAUUAUACAUCUUUGGUUUCUUUGUGGGAAGAACACAAGAAUUAUGUAGAACUUCCGGUUUGUACGUGUGGGAAGUGUGAAUGUGAUGCAGCUGCUAAGUGGGAAAAGCUACAGCAGCGUAGUCGAGUGACUAAAUUCCUUAUGGGUUUGAAUGAGAGUUAUGAACGGUCUAGGCGUCACAUUUUGAUGUUGAAGCUAAUUCCUACCAUCGAAGAGGCUUUUAAUAUGGUCACCCAAGAUGAGAGACAUGGAACUAUUAAGCCACUUACUAGGGUUGAUAAUGUAGCUUUUCAAGCCUCGGCACCUAUUUCUUUUGAUGCUGAUGGUGCUUAUAUUGCUGCUUACAAUACAGUGAGACCUCAGAAACCUGUCUGUACACAUUGUGGGCAUCUAGGACAUACAAUUCAGAAGUGUUAUAGACUUCAUGGUUUUCCUCCGGGGUACAAGACAAAUACUGGUGGCUAUAAGGUAAAUAAUAUGAAUCCAUCGUCUUUCAACCCUCGUAUGCAGAAUACUCAGUUGCAACCUCGUAUGCCUCAAAGUCAACCGAGAAUGCCUUAUGAUCCUAUUCAGAAGGCGAAUACUGUUGCUAACGUCUAUGCAGAGCAGGUUCCAUAUUCUUUGAUUGGUUCUUAUCCAUAUGCAGCACCACCUGAAUCAGUUCCUGUUUCUGCUAUGACCUCUAGACCUGAUGGUAGUGCUUUUCAGACUCCACUCUUUACUCCGCAGCAGUUACAACAAAUUUUAUCGCAAUACAAUAUUCCAGUACCAGCUCCAGAGACUGCGGCUACUUCUAAUACUGCAACUGUCACUGAACAUGGUCUCAUGGCUCAAGCAUCUACUUCUGGUACUUUACCUUUUCCUUCCACUAGUUUACGAUAUGAAAAUCACAUCCUUACAUUUCAUAAACUUGCUUUAUCUUCUCUUCAGAAUUUUCUAGCCCCUAAUGAUUGGAUUAUUGAUAGUGGGGCGUCUAGUCACGUUUGUUCUGAUUUAGUGAUGUUUAGAGAGUUAGUUCCUGUUUCUAGUGUUACGGUGACUUUACCAAAUGGUACGCAAGAACUUUCUCAGGGAUUGAUGAUUGGGAGGGGUAGACUCAUCAAUAAUCUCUAUAUUCUUGAGACAGAACAACAGACCCUCUCACCAUCGCUUCCUGCUGUUUGUUCCUUCUCUGCUUCUGUGUUGGCUGAUGGAGUUUUGUGGCAUCAGCGACUUGGACAUCCAUCAUCUGCAGUUUUAAAAAGUCUAGUUAGUUUGAUUCCUUCUCUUCGAUCAGUUUCUUCGAAUGUUUCUCCAUGUCAGAUAUGUCCAUUAGCAAAACAAAAACGCUUAGCUUAUGUUUCUCAUAAUACUUUAGCUUCUAAACGUUUUGAUCUAGUUCAUAUGGAUAUUUGGGGUCCUUUUAGUACUGUGUCUGUAGAAGGUUUUCGGUAUUGGUUAAUGAUUGUACUCGUGUAA